AUGGCCGAAAGUAAAGCUGCAGCAGCAAGCAACUACCUUCAGCAAACAAAGAUUACUGAUGGUCUUCAGGAAGAUCUCACAAAGAUCCUCAAUGAGCGCCCAGAAGAUCCAUUUGGUGCCCUCUCCAAACUCUUAAAGAAGAGAGCUCUUCCACCAGUUAUCGAUCAUGUCAAGGGUCGUGAAGUUUUAGACUCUCGUGGAAAUCCAACAGUCGAAGUUGAUGUUUACGCUAAAUAUCUCGGCGAUGUUAUCUUCGCAGGCCGCUCAUCAUCUCCAUCUGGUGCCUCAACAGGUUCCGGCGAAGCUAUGGAACUUCGUGAUGGCGAUAACCGCUACAACGGCAAGGGCACAAAGAAGGCUGUCGCUAAUGUUGAUACAGCUAUUUCCGAAGCUCUUAAGGGCAAGCCAUUCGACUCCCUUCAGGAACUCGAUAAUGCUCUUAUCGAAGCUGAUGGCACAGAGCUCAAGACAAAGCUCGGCGGAAACGCUACAACAGCUACAUCUUUCGCUCUCGCUGAAGCUGCAGCCAAUCUCGAGGAGACACAGCUCUUCCUUUACCUCGCAAGGCAAUACUACGGAGGCCAGAUCCCAGAAGGCAAGAAGUUCCACAUGCCAGCUCCAUUCUUCAAUAUCCUCAACGGUGGCAAGCACGCAGGUGGCAACCUCAAGCUCCAGGAGUUCAUGAUCAAUCCUAACCCAGCCAAGUACCAAUUCCCAGAUCAGCUUCGUGUUGCCGCUGAAGUUUAUCAGAAACUUGGCCAAAUCCUUUCCAAGGUCGACAUUUCAUACAAGAACCUUGGUGAUGAGGGUGGCUACGCUCCAAAGCUCGAGUCUCCAGAUGAAGCUCUUAAUUACAUCGAAACAGCCAUCAAAGAAGCCGGCUACCAGCCAGUUGAAGAUGUCAGAAUCGCUCUCGAUGCAGCCUCCUCCGAAUUCUACAAUACAAACCAGGAACAUCCAAACAUGUACGAAGUUGAAGUCGGAAACUUCAAGACAGGCGAAGAGAUGAUCCAGUACUGGAAGGAUCUCGUCGAAAAGCACCCAGCCAUCAUCUCUAUCGAAGAUGGCCUCGAUGAAAAGGACUACGAAACAUGGGCUAAGCUCAAUGAGGCUCUUGGUGACAAGAUCCACCUCGUUGGUGAUGACCUUUACACAACUAACCCGAAGACAAUCGCUAAGGGUCUUGAAGGAAAGUGGUGCAACGCUCUCCUCCUCAAGGUCAACCAGAUCGGUACAAUUUCUGAGGGUAUGCAGGCUGCUCGCCUCAUCCUUGAGAAGGACCAGUGGGUUAUGGUCUCUCACCGCUCCGGAGAAACAGCUAACUCCGUAAUCGCUGAUCUCGCUGUCGGUAUCGGAGCUCAGGCCAUCAAGACUGGCUCUUGCGCUCGUGGCGAACGUAUCCAGAAGUACACAAGACUCCUCCAGAUCUACGAAUACCUUCAGGAACACAACCUCCUCGAGUAA